UUCCCGGAAAUACUUUCACAUGCCUCUUUCCUGCACCACUGAAACUACAAAAAGAGUAAUUUUCUUCUUGUGUUUUUCUUUUACUACGCAGCUUCCCAAUCUUGAUGACGUAGAUUACGUUAUUGAUUGAUUUUCAAAACGUGCUAUCAACACAGCUAAUAAAAGCAACACGAUAUUUUACUUAGAAAACAAAUUUUGAUAAUGAAUGAUAACAGCGCAAAAUCACUUGGGGUAAAAGUAUUUUUAGUGAAAACAAAUGUUUCGUGCUACAACCACAUAGAUAAAGUCAUUCAAAUCUGAAACACAGAUGAAAAAUAAAUGGGACAGUAAUGGAUUAUAUAAGGGAAUUCGAUAUAAGAUUGGACAAGGAGUACUAUUAUGCAGGGGAGCAAAUAAACGGGAUUGUGGUAUUGGAUACCAUAGAAAAUUUCAAAUUAAAAACAAUACGAGUUAUACUUAGAGGAAAGGCCCAUGCCGAAUGGAAGGUAAUCUUAUCGGGUGAUAGGCGCACAAUCCGGGAUGAUCAGUAUUUUAUAGACGAAAGGCAAGUGAUUUGGGGCGACGCUGAUCUCGAAACACCGGCAUCAAUUCUUCCCAGGAACGUACACAAAUUCCCUUUUAGGUACCGAACAAAAAAAAAAACAAAAACAAAAAUUUCAAAACACUUUUUCAGGUUUAGCCUACCCGAAUCAAGUCUUCCCUGCUCGUUCGAAAGCAAACCCUGUUGUAUCAGGUACUACAUCAAAGUAACCCUGGAAAUCCCCUACGCGAGCCCCCCGCAGGGGAUGAAGUACUUUACGAUAAUUGGACCACACAUCGACUGCAUGGAAGAACAAUACUUGAAACCGAUAGUCCUUCAGGACUCCAGGAGCGUAUGCUGCUGGUGUUGUAAGACGGGAACACUCACCCUCAGGUGUACGUUGGAACGUUCAGCUUACGUUUGCAAUGAAAGUUUAAAGCUUAAAGCAACGAUUGAUAAUCAGGGAGAGUCCGAAGUUAGACUGAGAGUGCAAUUCGUUCAACAUUGCGAAUUUUUCAUAGACAGGGGCGUACUGGGGAUAAACAAAGAAACCAAACACAUCGUGUUCGAGUACAAGGGCGACUACGUAAAGCAGAAUUCGCGAACGAAAUGGGACAGUGCCAACAGUUUGGUAAUUCCCACCAUGCCCACCAGUUUGGUGGGCAUCUGUCGUCUAGCUCAAAUUUAUUACGUUCUAAGUGUCAGUUUAGAUAACGAGAAAGACAUUGACAUUGUACACCUGACAUUUCCCAUCACGAUUGGAAACGUGCCAUUCAGGAUUCCCAACUCGAGCGUUGUCCCAAAGGUCAAAUACGAACCCGCUUGUUCCCACGUGGAGGGAGGCUUAUACACUGGGCCAGAAUUUUUGUUGGGCCAGGUAUACGAUGGAACCGAUAAAAGUACAAGAGAAUCGAUAGUACUGUAUAGGCCUGUAUAUGUAGCAGUUGAACGUAACACAUCUCAAGAUCCACACAACUAGCAUUUAAGUUCCUCAAUGGGCAAUAAAUAAUUAAUCUCAAAAAAAAAAAGAAAAACGAAAAUUGCAAAAACAAUUGUAAAAGUAGAACGAAUAGUACCUGGUUUUAGCAAAUACCAAUUAUUUUUAACAGGUAUUUUUUUAAACAAACCCAAAAAGAUGUGAACGUUAUUUUGCAAUGUUUAUCAAAAUUAGUGCCUAUAUAGAACAUAUUAACAAAAAAAUCAGGCACUGAAUUAGAAGAAAAAAAUAUAAUAUCUAUUAUAUGCAUAGUUUGGAAUGAAAACAAAAAAAAUUUUAAACAGUUGAACACACAACUAUUACACAUAUACAAUAAUAUGUGUAACACCAAUUUUUUUUAUAUUGACAAUAAUAAUAUUUUACCCGACUAUUUUUAUAGA